UUGGUCCCGGCGCCAGUCAGCCCCCACUGGCCGUUACUCUCAGAGCCACCAUGCUGGCCUCCGGGCUGCUCCUGGUGGCCCUGCUGGCCUGCCUGACGGUCAUGGUGCUGAUGUCAGUGUGGCAACAGAGGAAGCUGGCAGGGAAACUGCCCCCUGGGCCCACCCCAUUACCCUUCAUCGGGAACUACCUACAGCUGAACACCGAGCAGAUGUACAAUUCUUUCAUGAAGCUCAGGGACCGCUAUGGGCCCGUGUUCACCGUGUACCUGGGCGCCCGGCGCGUGGUGGUGCUGUGUGGCCACGACGCGGUGAAGGAGGCCCUGGUGGACCAGGCGGAGGAAUUCAGCGGCCGAGGAGAGCAGGCCACCUUCGACUGGCUCUUUAAAGGCUAUGGCGUGGUCUUCAGCAGUGGCGAGCGCGCUAAGCAGCUGAGGCGCUUCUCCAUCACCACGCUGAGGGACUUCGGUGUGGGCAAGCGCGGCAUAGAGGAGCGCAUCCAGGAGGAGGCAGGCUUUCUCAUCGAAGCCUUCAGAGGCACUCACGGUGCAUUCAUUGAUCCCACCUUCUACCUGAGCCGCACUGUCUCCAAUGUCAUCAGCUCCAUUGUCUUUGGGGACCGAUUUGACUAUGAGGACAAAGAGUUUCUGUCACUCCUGCGCAUGAUGCUGGGCAGCUUCCAGUUCACAGCCACGUCCACAGGCCAGCUCUAUGAGAUGUUCUACCCAGUCAUGAAGCACCUGCCUGGACCACAGCAACAAGCCUUUAAGGAACUGAAGGGGCUGGAGGAUUUCAUAGCCAAGAAGGUGGAACAGAACCAGCGCACCCUGGACCCCAAUUCCCCACGGGACUUUAUUGACUCCUUCCUCAUUCGCAUGCGGGAGGAGCAAAAUAACCCCAAAACUGAGUUCUACAUGAAGAACUUGGUGCUGACCACCUUGAACCUCUUCUUCGCGGGCACUGAGACAGUCAGCACCACCAUGCGCUAUGGCUUCCUGCUGCUCAUGAAGCACCCCGAUGUGGAGGCCAAGAUUCAUGAGGAGAUCGACCGGGUGAUUGGCAAGAACCGCCAGCCCAAGUUUGAGGAUCGGGCCAAAAUGCCCUAUGUGGAGGCCGUGAUCCACGAGAUCCAGAGAUUUGGAGAUAUGAUCCCCAUGGGCCUGGCCCGCCGAGUCACCAAGGACACCAAGUUCCGCGACUUUUUCCUCCCCAAGGGUACCGAAGUCUUCCCUAUGCUGGGCUCCGUGCUGAGGGACCCCAAGUUCUUCGCCAGACCGCGAGAUUUCUAUCCCCAGCACUUCCUGGAUGAGAAAGGCCAGUUUAAGAAGAAUGAUGCCUUUGUGCCCUUCUCCAUUGGAAAGCGCUACUGUUUCGGAGAAGGCCUGGCUAGGAUGGAGCUCUUCCUCUUCCUCACCACCAUCAUGCAGAACUUCCGCUUCAAGUCCCCACAGGCCCCCCAAGACAUCGACGUGUCCCCCAAAAACGUGGGCUUCGCCACCAUCCCACCAACCUACACCAUGAGCUUCCAGCCCCGUUGAGCAGGGGUUGGGCCUGGGAGGGGAUGGGAUAGUGGUUGUUGGGGGCUGGAAGGGGAGGAACAAGCUCUUGGGCGGGGCAAGGGGUGAGGAUAUUUGAAUUUGUAUAUGGGAUGAGGAUAGUAGGAGCUUUAGGAGGCAAGAGAAAGCACUGGGGACUUGCAGAAAGGAAGUAGGAACAGAUUUUUCACCUUGUUAGAGAGGGUGCUGGGAGUUGGGAAGAGAAGCAGGGGAGGGAGCCUUAUGGACUUGCUUUAAAAAAAUAACUGCAAUGCCAGAUAUGAAUUACUAACCCUGAACUCGGUGUCGUUAGCCACAUGCUAAAACAUUACACAGUUUUAUUGCUCACAAAACUUGAAGAUGCGAAGUGUUCUU